AUCACUGUUCACAGGGAUGAGGUUUUGAUGCCGGAGGUCCAGCACGUUGACAUGGUGUGGCUGAGUGAAUGGACAGGCUCUCAUGCUGGCACAUAACAGGGGGAUUCAGUUGCAGUCAGACAUCAGGAUGAAAUCGACUUCUGAACAUGUGUCUGCUGUGCUGUGUCACGUUCAAAUGCUCAUGACAGAAGAGGAUCUUUGAAACACGUGAAGGAUCAAAACCAUCUGUCAGGUGGAUCAAAAGGAGCUUCAUGUCAUGGACUUCGACUGUAACGUGACAACACUCAAGUCCCAGACGCAGAUCAACUCCACCGUCUUCCACCAGGUGAAGAUGGUCAGCAUGUGUGUGAGCUGCACCUUGAACACCGUGCUCAGUGUUCCUUUACUCCUGGUCAUCGUUCGCUCCCCGUCGCUCCUCAGACACACUCGCUUCCUGCUCCUCACACACCUCCUCUUGUGUGACAACCUCCAGCAGCUCCUCUGGACGAUCACAGCAGUCCUCUUGAGAUCCAGAGAGGGUAUACCCGUGACCCAGUGUCUGAUCUUCUGUGCUAUUAUCCAGGCCUGCUCAUUGGUGGACCUCUUCCUGAGCACUGCUCUGGCCGUGGACCGCUUUAUCGCUGUAAGGUGGCCCCUGCGCUAUGAAUCCCUCAUGGGUCGCCGGCGGAAGAGAACUGUCGCAGCCAUAUGGACCUCAGCAGUCGUGCUCAUAGGCGUGGCUUUGUGUAUCAACCUCAGCACCAUCCAGGUCGACUUCACCCUCCCCCGCUGUCGACCGCUCAUCAUGUCGCCCUGCCUGCCGAGGACGUCGGCCCUGGUGCUUUACUGCACGGUGGGCACUGCUGUGUUGGUGCCGCUCUGUUUUCUGACCAUCCUGGGAUGCUUCUGCCUGCUCUGCUGGGACAUCCACUCAGGACUGCCCUGCACCAGGAGGGCCUGUGUGACCCUGAGCCUCCAGGUUGCUCAGGCCAUUCUCUUCUCUGUCCCUGUGGUCACGAACAGCUACCUGAUCCCUGGCUACCUGCACAGCGACGCUCUCGAUAUCGCGACCACCAUCACUUACAACCUGGGGGUGUCGCUCAUCCCCCUGGUCUACGGCUACCGCUCACGGGAGCUGCAGCAAAGGAUGCUGCAGGCAGCACACUGGAACAAAGUCAACAACGGGAGUUUGUCAUAAAGGCUUAGAAACAUCCGCGGAGCUGCUAUUCAUGAAACUUCACGCGGCUGGAUAACGGGAGCACUGCUUCCUGUUUCCCACAUUUAUUGCGUCAUGCUUUGAAUGUACCUGAUUGUUUGAAACGCUGGCCUGCAUAGCCGAGUCAAUAUGCUGUGGUGCUGUGCGAGAUCUUCCCGUAAACCGUUUGCAUUUCAAAGACAAACCAUAUGCC